AUGUGACGGAAGUAAACAACUGGCUGCAGUGCGAUAGUUCUUCUUUCUCUCUUUUCACUCAGUUCUCCAAAAUGGGUAUUAGUCGAGAUCAUUGGCACAAGCGACGUGCCACUGGUGGCAAGAGGAAGCCCCUCCGCAAGAAGAGGAAGUUUGAAUUGGGUAGACCCGCCGCCAACACGAAAUUGGGACCUCGUAGGGUACAUUUCGUCCGUACCCGUGGGGGUAACCUCAAACAUAGAGCUUUAAGGCUUGAUAUGGGUAACUUCGCCUGGGGUUCCGAAGGAACCGCUCGCAAAACGCGUAUUAUUGACGUUGUUUACAAUGCCAGUAAUAAUGAAUUGGUCCGUACCAAAACUUUGGUAAAAAAUGCGAUUGUUGUUAUUGAUGCCACUCCAUUUAGGCAGUGGUAUGAAUCCCAUUAUGUUUUACCACUUGGACGCAAAAAGGGUGCAAAAUUGACUGAAACGGAGGAAGCGCUUUUUAAUAAGAAACGUAGCAAGAAAGUGCAAAAGAAAUAUGAAGUAAGGCAACGUACUGCUAAAGUUGAACCAGCAUUAGAAGAACAAUUCCAAGCUGGCAGACUUUUGGCUUGUUUGGCUUCCCGCCCUGGACAAUGUGGAAGAGCUGAUGGAUAUGUGUUGGAAGGAAAAGAAUUGGAAUUUUACAUGCGUAAAACCAAAUCUAAGAAAGCAAAGUAAUGUUAUAAUAAUUUGGUAUAAUAAUAUAUAAAAAAUAAAGGUGUUGAGUAACCUGAAA